UACGAGAUACCACACAAGUUUUGAUAAACAAGAUGAGUAACGAUAAACGAUGAAAUGUCAAAUAUUCAUGAUGCAUGAGUUAGACUGCGCAGGGACCCCCUGCCCUUCGGUGAUCAUCCCCACGCGGUAGAUGAGCUGAGGAACGCCUUAGUCAUCCCGAUGGAGACUAGAAUGUGGGUGAUAGGUAAGCCUAGCUACCAUGUAUGUAUACAAGCCCUUCGUGAUGAAAACCCAUUGGAUCCCGCAGCUUCUGUUCCCAAAGCUCCGCAGGCCAUGAUAGUCGAUUGUCACUUAAUGACAAUCGAUUGUCAAGGUCUCAGGGCGUUACACAGUGAGUACGAGGAAAGUGAGAUGGAGGAUGAGCCCAUGCAAGGCAUUGGGAGUGAAUUGGAUGAAGACCAGCUCGUUGAGGAGGAGCAUGACAGCAACCUACUAUCUGAUACUGAGAUGGGCAGCCACUCCAAUGCCACUGGCACAGGGGUUGGCGAGAUUCUCAUCUCUGCUUGGGUGAGGCGGAAUAACAGUGUGAGGAGGAACAACAGUGUGAGGAACAUCAGGGUGAGGAACAGCGGGGUGAUGAGGAAGCAUGAAGAAGAAGAUUUGCCGCGCCGUCGCCUCACAUCUACGCCGUCCAUCACUUCUCCAUCAGCUAAUUACCCUUCAGUCUUCACUCUUCAGGUCAUGGUCUCUUUGAAGUAUUGCAAAGUGUGUUGCAUUCUCUUGAACUUGACAUACAUAAUGUACGAGGACAAGGUUAUGACAAUGGAUCCAACAUGAGAGGAAAACACCAAGGCGUACAAAAAAGGUUUUUAGAUGUCAAUCCCAGGGCAUUUUACACUCCAUGUGGAAGUGUCAUAGUUUGAACUUAACUUUGUGUGAUAUUGGGGAUGGUUGUAGAAAAGCUAGAGAUUUUUUUGGUGUUGUUCAAAGAAUCUACACAAUAUUUUCUAAUUCAACAAAGAGAUGGCACAUUUUGAAAAGUAAUGUCAAGGGGUUAACUCUUAAGCCAUUGUCUAGUACUCGCUGGGAGAGUAGUGUAGAAAGUGUUAAAGCAUUGCUUGAAUUGGGAGAGAAGAUUUUGCAUCAAAAUGUGCAAAGAGAGUGUCUCUUUUUAUGUAAACUGGUAGUGAUGUUUUCUUCCUCAUUAUAACAAAUUCAAUAAUUAGUAUGAGACUUC